UGCCUUCUUCCUUGCGGGGUUGUGAUGGUGUUUGGUAAAUAAAUUUAAUCGCGCACAUCUUUUCCUUUUAUUCGAUUUGUGCGUUAAAACGGUGAGCUGGCUGGCAGAAACAAGUGAAUGGUUAAAUCGAAUUAGAAGGUGCAUAAUUUUUGGAAAGUGCAUUGGAAAAGAUUGUUUAACCAUCGCGGGAAUAACUGUGUUUCAAAUAAAUCUACGAAUAUGUCUGUCAAUAGAUUUACGGCAGCUUAAUUUAGACAAAAAACUACGCGUCACUGUAGUUUUUUUUUGUUUCGUGAUGAGUGCAUUUUGGUCAAGCGCGAGCUAGAGUGAUAAGAAGAGAAAACUAAAAAAAAAGAGUUGCCCCGUGUCAAAAACUGGGGAAAGGAAGUGAUUUUUUGUUUUAUGAAUUCGACCCAAGAUCCAGAGAUAUUGAGACAACAACUCCAAGUACUGAUUCUAGAGUGGAGCGCCUUAUCAUUCGCGAACUAUGGGUGCCAUCAUAUCGAGAUUCCGGAAGGAAAAAACAACCUACCAAGUGCUAGAGAAUCUGGAGGAGCAGAUUAAGGACAUCGAAGCGUAUACCAUCAGUACCCAAGCCCAGCAGAAGCGUUUUGUCGGUAAUUUUCUAGUUGUCUCGAUUGGUCUGUACGUGAUCGCUUUCCUCGUGUUUUAUUUCGUAUUCUUUCCACCGACUUGGAACGAACGAAUAAUCCACUCGUUACCACUUCUGAUCUCUCCGAUGAUUAUCACCAUUAUGAAAAAAAUAUUGGCAUGGUAUUUCGAGCGGAAGGUUGUCAGAAAUACAAAUAAACUGAAAGAUCUGCGAGCAGAGAAGAAAAAAAUUUUAGAAAAAGUGAUGGACAAAGAGACAUACAAGGUUGCAGUCGACAUCCUCAAUAAAUUCGGAGAUAAAUCGCAUAAAGCCCAGAUGCAAUCUUUGAAUGUUCUUUCGCCACCAAAAGGCGCCCCCGCUCAAAUAAUGACACCUAAAGGUCCGAUGGCUCAACUUCGUCCGCAACCAGGUCCCUUUUCCGCUCCUGGUCCACAGUCUAUGACUCCGAAUCGGCAGAUGCCAGUUACACCGAUCGGAUUCAACCUGAACCAGCGCCAGCAGAUGAUGGCAGCAGGUGGCAGUGGACUUCAGGGAAGUGGUUUGAUUCAACGACCCAUUGGAAUGGCUUCUGGUACGAUGCCCUACAGGCGGACUCCUUAUCCAAUAAUCAAUCACAACCAAAAAGGGGUGUUGGAAAAGAUGGUGGACUAUCUAGUCGGUGACGGGCCAAACAGUCGUUUUGCCAUGAUCUGCAAAGACUGUCUUAUGCAUAAUGGAAUGGCUCUACAAGAGGAAUACGAAUAUGCUGCUUUCCGUUGUGCUUUCUGUGGUGCAUUUAAUCCUGCAAAGAAGCAAAGACCGCUUGCCCCCCGGUUGCCGUUUGAGCAGGCCCAGUUAGAUAAAUUGAGCGAGAAGCGAGGUUCAUCAUCUUCGCUAGCUACUUCGGAAGCACCAUCAGAAAUCGAAGGUGGAGAAAACGACGAAGGAGCUGAUAAAGAAUCGGAUCAGGACGAAGUUACUCCCACAGAAGACCCCCAACCGGAUGAAGAAGACGACAAUCUCAUUCAGGAUGAACCAAUCAAUCCCAGUUCAGAUGGUACCCCGAAGGGACAAGAACAAAAUACAUUGGAUGACGGGAAAGCAUCAAAUACCUAAAUUCUGGUGAAACAUUAGACUGAAACCAACGGUAGUUUUUGCAUUAUCAAUAAACCGGAAAGAAAGCUCGAUAUACUGACAGGUAAGCACCGUUUCCUUACACGAAAUACGUCUUCUUGUUUGACUUUGUAGUGCACUCGAAGUUAGCAAGCAAAGUCCAAAUCAAAGAAGUUCGACUAUUGCACCAAUCCAAAUCUACUUGAAGAAAUAUCUAUCGAGCAGUCAGAUAUCAUAGGAUCUAGACACUGAACAUUUGAAGGAAUUCCAUAAUUUUGGUUCAUAUACCCUCAUAUUCAUUUAACAUCUGGUUACAUAACAAUACGCACCUUAUUUAUUUGCCUUGCAACAAAUGCUUCAGUUUUUUGAACAUUAGCCUUAGUUUAAUUUCAGCAUCACACAUUUUGUGUGAUUUUUAAGAUUUCAUAUCAAAAAGAAACUAAUUCCUAUAGAAAUAGAUACUGUAACACAAGAAAAACGCAGCAUUUAGACAUGUGUCGAUUCAACACUUUUGCGAGAUUAUUAAAAAAAAUUAGUUAUUUUGAAUUCAUUUGGCCCGAUUAAUUGUAUAGCAUUUAGAAUUAAGUUUCUUGAUUAUGUGUGCGAUAUUGAAGAAAAAGAUUUUUUGUGACCUGGAAUAUUUUGCAUGCGGUAAAUUUGGGAAGUGGUUCGUUAUAGUCAAGUGUGAAUCCAGAAAAUUAAUUUAUUAAAAACUUACUUUAACAUUAGAACGUUGAUAUUGAUCGAAUCGAGUGGUAGAUUUUUAGUAAAAAAAAAAGCUGGAUCGGCGUUGUAACAACUUAUAAAGGUUUUUUUUGUUAUAAAACAA